AUGUCCUUUGUAGACCUCAAACACAUUCCCUGUCCCAAGGGAGAGCAAUGCACAGCUUUCAUGUGCCUCUUCCAGCAUAAAGCAGACAGGGAUAAGAUGGCGGCACCAUCAGCACCGGCACUCAACGCGUCAGGAACGUCGGCAAAAAGGUCGACUGAUACCACGACGGAUGCAACCCGGGAUGGCCCUCGAAAACGUCUGAAGGUUGCCCAAGACGUCAGAAACCCCGCCGAUUCUACAAGUCCUCCCACUCCUGUCAAAACGACCUCAAAACAAGACGUUACCGCACCAAGACCAGAUGACACUCUGUCACCUGUCGCUCGGCCCAUCUCACCUCCACCUUUAAAGCGUCCAUCGUCCUCCUCCUCCACGGUCGUGAAGAAGCUUCCACAGUCUAAACCAGUCGCCCCUUCUCUCGCUUCUUCGUCCGACCUCAGGAAGUCACUGAAUCACUCUGCUCCAAGCAGGUCCUCUCCUUUAUCAUCGUCUAUUAAUCCUCCAACUAAACGCAAGGCUGAAUCACCUGCCACUACUGCAUCUCAUUCUUCCCCAGUAAACCUAACUUCAAUACAAAAAGACACUCCUUCCACUCCAUCCAAGACCGACCCUCCUAAGAAGAUCAGGAAGGUCGAGGCUCUCAACCCUCGUUUACUCAAAUCAUCACCAGCAAAGUUUGAGAUACGAUUCAAGCUAGUGCAACUGCUACAUGAACAAUACGCCCGCCUGAACAACGAGCUCAAGAAGACUGCCAAAGACGCAGAAGAGAAGCAGCUCCUUCUCACAGAUCAAGAUCUCAUUUGGAGAGUCCUUGACGAAGAAGAAUCCACGGCGAUAGAGAAAGGCGCCAUCUACUCAAACGUAAUCAAAAACAAAAUCAUGCAGUACAAGAAGAUGACACUCCUUCAGUGGAAGGAGGAGAGAGUCGUUCAACGCCGCCAGGCAACUCAAAAGGGCCCUCACAACAAGGCUACCGCCCCUCCCAAGAAGAUUGUUACGGGCUUGACCCCGGCACAGGAAGUCCAGCUUGUUCGCCAACUCAUCACCCCCAUCGACGGCCUUGCCGCCCACGGCUACGUCUCCUCUGUCCCUGCCGAGGCCGACAUCCAGAAAGCACGUGAGGGUCUUGAUGCUGCAAAGGGUUGGGAGAAGUGUGACCGCUGCGACAAGCGCUUCCAGAUGUUCCCUGGAAGAAGAGAAGAGGAUGGAGCUCUCGCCUCUGGUGGCAGUUGCACCUUCCACUGGGGCAAAACCUACUUUCCCGAGCGCCAGUUGGGCGAUAGAUCUCAGCAACCCAAACGCUACCGAUGCUGUGGGCAGGCUGUCGGAGACUCUGCCGGCUGCCACUCCAACGCUCACCACGUUUUCAAGGCAUCAGAUCCCAAGAGACUGGCUUCCGUUCUCAACUACGCCGAGACGCCUGCCAACCCCAAUGCUCCCACCGACAGAGCUGUUGGCUUCGACUGCGAAAUGUGCUACACGGUCCAUGGCCUUGAGCUCAUUCGCCUAACUGCAACAUCGUGGCCUACUGGAGAAGAGCUAUUGGAUGUCCUCGUUCAACCCAUCGGUGAAAUCCUUGAUCUCAACUCGCGGUACUCGGGUGUGUGGCCUGAAGACAUGGCAUCCGCCGAGCCCUGGACUGCAAAGGAAGAAGAUCCAACUCCUGCCCAGGCGAAGAAGAUGUCGAGCCCCAAGAAGACCAAGAAGAAGAUGAAGAUUGUGUCGUCGCCUGAAGUUGCUCGCGACCUUCUCUUUGCCCUCAUCAGUCCCGAGACUCCACUAAUUGGACACGGACUGGAGAAUGACUUGAACGCCGUUCGCAUCGUCCACCCUACUGUCAUUGACACUGUUCUUCUUUACCCUCACAAGCACGGCCUUCCGUACCGCCUUGGCCUGAAGAUGCUCAUGGACAGCCUUCUUAACCGUAAAAUUCAAGUUGAGACGGCUGGCAAGGUUCAGGGACACGAUAGUGCGGAAGACGCCCGGGCUGCGGGAGAUCUCGUGCGCCUGAAGCUCUCCGAGGAAUGGAAGAGCAUGAAGCUCAAAGGUUGGAAGCUUGAGGGGGGUGAGUUCGUGCCGCCCGGCGGCAAGGUGGACGAUUUCAAUGGUCACUUGACUGCCGAGUUCCUUGAAUCUGCCCUUUAG